AGGAGGAGGAGAUAGAGGAGAAGGUCCAUCGGGGCCGUUGGCUUCCGGGCGGCUCGCGGGCAUGUCGCCGACGACGCCGUCGCCGUCUCCCCUGCCGCCGAUGUCCCGCUGGUGAUGGCCGCCACGCUGAGAGUAGAGGAUGUCACGCCGCAAGCAGAGCAACCCGAAACCAUUGAAACGGGAGGAUGAGGAGUGGAGCGACUCCGAGAAGACGCCGUCCGUGAGCAGCGGAUUGGAGGGCGGCGGCUCGGCUGUGUCGAGUCCCACGGGUCAGCUCGUGGACGAGGACCUCGUCGCGCUGCCACCGCCGCCGCGACUCAACACCGUCGCCGGGCUCGCGAACCUGGCGCCGGAGGAUAUCCGACUGAGGCUCAGCGCCCUGCCGGAUGACGCGAGGAAGCGAUUGGCCUCGCUCACCGAGGAUUUCGAGAGCGCCCGCGCAUUGAGGGAGCAGCAGCGCAAUCAGCAGCAGGUGCCUUCACGGCCAAACUCAAUCCAGGAUUGCAGCCCGAGAUCCGCUGGCCGUGGCGAGAUCGUCGACGAGGAGGCGGGACCUCGCGAGGACGAGGGGAGCCUCGGUGGCCGCGCCUCGUCCUCGUCGAGCGGCUGCUCGGCCGCGGGUCGCCGUGUCAGAACGGACGCGCGCCGCGACUCGGACGACUCCUCUCGACCGGACGAGCCCGCCGAGACCAAGAGGCCGCGUCUCGAGGACGAGGUCGCUGCACCGAGACUGAGACUGAACGCUAGUCUGGCGAUGGACCCGGCCCUUAGACCCCAGGCCGUCGCCGCCCUCACCAUCAAGCCCGAGAACGCAGCCUCGCCACCCAACCCUACGGCCCCGCUCUCCGCUGGUCUUCAGAACGCAAUAGCCACGGGACGUUUGUUCGUCCUGCCGAAUGACAGCAAGGACAGCCUCGGGGUCGAAGGCACAGUGGCCCGUCCCGCAGCCCUCGUCUGUCCGCCCUGCGGCAUCCGCUUCAGCUCGGCGAGUACCUUGGACGCCCACCAAAAGUACUACUGCUCACACCGGCCUCGACUCGAGAGCGACAUCGAGAACAACGAGGAGGACGAGGAGAAGGGCGGGCCACCGGGCGCCGGUACCAACUGCAAAUUCGAGUCGCGGAAAGCCUACGCCUGCCCCCACUGCUCGUACAGCGCCGACAAGAAGGUCUCCCUAAAUCGUCACAUGCGUAUGCACGCGGCCUCGCCUGUCCAGCCGGUCCAGCAGGUCCUGGCGGCCCCGGCGAUCACGGCCAACUCACCACAGACGCCCGGACAGCACAACAGCGCUUUGCCCUCCAACGGCUCGCUCAACGAGGAGGCCGAGAGAUACUGCCGGAACUGCGACAUCAGGUUCAGCUCGCUCAAGACGUACAGGGCCCACAAGACCCAUUACUGCAGCACGAGGCAUGUGGUGAAGGACACGCCUCCGACUUCCUCGGCCAGUGCCUCCUCGAUCAAGGGCUCGCCCCCGACGAGCUCGAGCCCGGGCGACUCACCGCCGCCGCAGCCCUGCCUCGCCCUACCGACCAACCCCAUCCUCAUCGUGCCGUACUCGCUAGUGCGCGGAGCCUCGGUCCUGGCGGCGCCGGGACUCCCGGCUCCUGACACGCCCUGCUUUCUCCUGCCGAACGGCACCCUGCAGCCAAUGGCGCGCGGCCUCGCGAGCAGCGCAAGUCCCGCGACGACCCAGGCCCCGAGCCUCGGCCCGGCCAUGCCCCAGGGUGUCGUCAUGGAGUCACCCGCUGCCGGCCCCGUCGCCUCUAGCGUCCUAAGGGCGGCUAAUAAGCCCGCGACGCCCGCCCCCGUGGCCCCGGCGACCACCAACUCGCCCAAUUCCGCAGCCUCUGCGCCCCUCGACCUCAGCGUCCGAAGAUCACCGGAUCACGAGAAGGAGAAUCGAGUCUCGCCUCUGUCCUCGUCGCUGCCACCACCGCCAGGUAGUCCAAGGUCUAGAGGCAGUGCGAGUCCGCGGACGAGGUCCUUGCCGACGAUACAGGCGCCCGAGCGGAUCCCGCCCACGCCACCUACCGAGCUCGCGCUAAGACUUGCCGAGCUGCCGCCACCACCUGUUCCCGGAGUCCUCGUCAAGCAGGGCGUAUCCAGAUGCAAAGAGUGCAACAUAGUGUUCUGCCGCCACGAGAACUUCGUCGCCCACAAGAAGCACUACUGCCAGGCGCGCGAGAGCAGCGUGACGAGUCCUCCGCCACCAGGUACACCAUCGCCGCCCCUGGUCCAGCUAAUCUGCGCGGCCUGCGGCAUUAAGUUCGCUUCAAUGGACAAUCUCGUGGCCCACCAGGCGUUCUACUGUCCAAAACGUCCCGACUCCCAGGAUCAUCACUCCCGCUGCCCCAAAUGCAAGACGGCGAUCGAGCCUGGCGUCGCACACACCUGUACGAGUGGCCAGACGGGAGGAUGGCGAUGCCCGGUUUGCGGGGCCGUCAGCCCGACCGCUGGUGCGGCCCAGCGCCACAUGGAUUCCCACCAGGGGGUCAAGGCCUUCCGCUGCACGAUAUGCCGCUACAAGGGCAACACGCUCCGCGGUAUGAGGACGCACAUCAGGAUGCACUUUGAGAAACGCGGAGCCGACCUUCAGGAGGAGAAUUACAUAACGUGCGUGCUGGAGGACGACGUGACGGCGCCGACACCGGAGCCCGCGCCGGCCACGACUCCGGAGGAGAUCCCCGUAGACUCUCAGCAAGUGAACGGCAAGAGCGAGCCACCGGUGCGCAAAAGCCCCCAGCCGACACCGGCCAUCACGUCCCCGGCUGCUUCUCCCUCGCCAACCGUCGCGUCCGCCAUACCCGGCAAGGUGAAGCAGGAACGCGAGGACACGCCCCCGCCGGAGGAGAGCCUCGACGCGAGCAAGAGCGGCCCGCGCUACUGCCGCUCCUGCGACAUAAGCUUCAACUACCUGAGCACCUUUAUUGCCCACAAGAAGUUCUACUGCUCGAGUCACGCCGGCGAAGCUAGCAACAACAACAACAACAACAACAACAAUAACAACGCGGCAACGGCGGCAAACGCCCCAACGGCCACAGCACCCGCGGCUCGCACCGAAGCUUCUGUACUUUAAGUGCGCGUCACCGCCCUAUUUGUAUAGAUAUCUCUCUCG